AUGCAGGAGGGAAUCCAUGAUGAUCUGGACAGUGAUGAUCUGAGUGAGAUGGACAGUGAUGUGAUGACCACGGUCAUUUAUAUCAGUAAAGACGGUGAUUAUAGUGCUCAGGACACUGAUACCGAGAGAGAGACAAGAAGGCAGCACAGAGUCGUUAGGAGAGGAAGUAGAUGCUCCAGACUGGCUGCAGGGUGUUUUGGACUACUGUGUGUUCUCCUGCUGAUCACCAACAUACUGCUCUACAUGUACUACAAAAACGAGAAUGAGACUGAAGACAGAACCACGGCAAAGAUCAGCUAUCAGAACCUGACGGAAGAAAGAGAUCAGCUGAAAGAAAUCUUGAGUAAAGAACACAGAAUACUGCAGGACAUCAGUCCUGAUUUACUGAAAGUGCUGGAAAAGAUGCAUUCAGACGAGUGGAAGAAGUUUGGAAACAGCUUUUACUACUUCUCUACUGAGCAGAAGAACUGGAGUGAGGCCAGGCAGGACUGCAGAGACAGAGGAGCAGAUCUGGUGAUCAUAAACAGUGAAGAAGAACAGGAGUUCAUUAGAAAUAAGAGCAGGCUCGACUGGAUUGGUCUGAGUGAUGCAGAAAAAGAAGGAGUAUGGAAGUGGGUGGAUGGGUCACCACUGACCAUUGAGUGA